CCGCCGGCUGGGCGCGGGCAUCGCUUCCCACUGCGCGGAGGCCCGGGUGGGUCUGCGGGGGUGGGGGUGCCUCGCGCCCGGGGUGCGCUCCCCGGCGGCCCCGCCAUGCGCCCCCCACGCCCCCACGCCUCGCUGCUAGAGCUCCUGGGGGUGCUUCUGGUCGCGUCCCUCGCGGCCGCCGAGGCGCCGCACCUGGUGCGCGUGGACGCGGCCCGCGCGCUGGGGCCCCUGCGACCCUUCUGGAGGAGCACCGGCUUCUGUCCCCCCCUGCCGCACAGCCAGGCUCACCGGUAUGACCUCAGCUGGGACCAGCAGCUCAACCUGGCCUACGUGGGCGCCGUCCCUCAUGGUGGUAUCCAGCAGGUUCGGGCCCACUGGCUGCUGGGCCUCGUCACAGCCAGGAGGUCAGCUGGACAGGGACUGAGCUACAAUUUCACCCACCUGGAUCGAUACCUGGACCUUCUCAGGGAGAACCAGCUCCUCCCAGGCUUUGAGCUGAUGGGCAGCCCCUCUGGACACUUCACGGACUUUGAGGACAAGCAGCAGGUGUUCGAGUGGAGGAACCUGGUCUCGCUCCUGGCUAGGAGAUACAUUGGGUUCGGGAUGCACUCGUGUCCCUGCCCCAGGGGAGGGCCCCUCUUGCCACAGCAGGGACUCUCUGCAGGGAGGUACGGACUCAAGCACGUUUCCAAGUGGAAUUUUGAGACGUGGAAUGAGCCGGACCACCACGACUUUGACAACGUGUCCAUGACCUUGCAAGGCUUCUUGAACUACUACGACGCCUGUUCCGAGGGUCUGCGAGCUGCCAGCCCGGCUCUGCGCCUGGGCGGUCCUGGCGACUCCUUCCGCGACCCACCACGCUCCCCACUGUGCUGGGGCCUCCUGGCGCACUGUCACAACGGAACCAAUUUCUUCACCGGGGAGGUGGGCGUGCGGCUAGACUUCAUCGCCCUCCAUAAGAAGGGCGCGGGCAGCUCCAUCUACAUCCUGGAGCAGGAGGUGGCCGUCAUGCAGCAGAUACAGCGGCUCUUCCCCAAGUUCACGGACACCCCCAUUUACAACGACGAGGCUGACCCGCUGGUGGGCUGGUCUCUGCCACAGCCCUGGAGGGCCGAUGUGACCUACGCAGCCAUGGUUGUGAAGGUCAUCGCGCAGCACCAGAACCUGCUGGUGGCCAACACCAGCUCCUCCAUCCGCUACACGCUGCUGAGCAACGACAAUGCCUUCCUGAGUUACCACCCGCACCCCUUCUCCCAGCGCACGCUCACUGCGCGCUUCCAGGUCAACAACACGCGCCCACCACACGUGCAGCUGCUGCGCAAGCCGGUGCUCACGGCCAUGGGGCUGCUGGCCCUGCUGGAUAGCGAGCAGCUCUGGGCUGAGGUGUCGCAGGCCGGGAGGGUGCUGGACAGCAACCACACAGUGGGCGUCCUGGCCAGCGCCCACCGCCCCACCGGCCCCGCCGAUGCCUGGCGGGCCACGGUGCUGGUCUACGCGAGCGACGACACCCGCGCCCACGCCAACCGCAGCGUCCCCUUGAUCCUGAGCUUGCACGGGGUGCCCCCGGGCCCUGGGCUCGUCUUUGUCCAGCUCUACAUGGACAACUCCAUCUCCAGCCCCGACGGCGAGUGGCGGCGCCUGGGCCGGCCGGUCUUCCCCUCCGCCCAGCAGCUCCGGCGCAUGCGUGCGGCCGAGGACCCGGCGGCCGUGAGACCGCUGCCCUUCCCCCCCAGUGGCCGCCUGACGCUGAGCCCGGAGCUGCCCCUGCCCUCGCUCCUGCUGGUGCACGUCUGCGCGCGCCCCGAGGCGCCGCCCGGCCAGGUAUCACGGCUCCGCGCCCUGCCCUUGACCCGCGGGCAGCUGCUUUUGGUCUGGUCGGAUGAGCGCGUGGGCUCCAAGUGCCUGUGGGACUAUGAGAUCCAGUUCUGCCCGGAGGGUGGGGUGUACACACGCGUCGACAGGAAGCCUUCAACCUUUAACCUCUUUGUGUUCAGCCCAGACACGGCUGUUGUCUCUGGCUCCUACCGGGUCCGUGCCGUGGACUACUGGGCCCGGCCAGGCCCCUUCUCGAGCCCUGUGAGGUACCUGGAGGUCCCUGCCAGGUGAAGGCCACUGCUGCCCAGAGACUGAGCCGUGCCAACCAUGACCCUGGGCGGCCAGGAGUGGUGCUGGGCUGCACACCACUGGCCUCUCGGUCAGUCCAUCCCCUCUGUUUGUCCCUUCCCCCUCUGUUUGUCCCUUCCUGCCCCCUCCCUCACUCCCUUAAAGUGCCUUUCCACACGCAAUCUUGGGCAUGGCCUUCGUGGUGGGCACCGGGCAGAUGGCGGCUGGAGCAAAGCCAUGCCUGGCGCCCGCAUCGGGGCCCUCUCCCCACCUGUGGGAACCAGGAGGGGCUGAGGGUGCAGUUGCCAAGGGGGCAGCUGCUCUCCUGCCUGGGGUCUGGGCCUGUGCUGCAGGGGGGCUGCUGAGGCUGCGCUGGGCGGGGAUGACUUGGGGCAGGGCAGAGCCCAGAGGCCCCCACUUCCCGAGGCCCAGCCAGGAUGCCCCCUGCCCCCGCCCCCUGCCAGGUGGGGGGAGGGGAGGGCCCCAGGCUGCCAGGCCCAGGCUCAGACAGGGACAGCUGGGGGCCGUGUAUGGAGAUGUGGGCAGGGCAGGGCAGGGGGGCCUCCAGGAGUAGUGCAGAACCUUGGGGCCCCACCCUGGGGCAGGUGGAGCCAACGUAGAAAGGCGGGGAGAGGUCCCCUGGUGAGGCCACCUGGCCAAAGCAGAGACCUUCAGCCCGGGUGCAGCCAGCCUGCGCUGCUGUGAGCAGAGUGGGGGCCGCAACCCCACUGUCCUCUGAACACGGCCUGGCCUUAGGCGGGGGAGGCGCAGGCCUGGAAGGGCGGAUGGAAAGUCCAGUCAACCCUCUGGCCCCGCUGAAACCUGCUACCCCCGGUCCACACGGAAAACCCAGGACCGCCAGGGCCACUGCUGCCUCACUCUGGACAGGAGGCGUCAGUUUGGCUGUCCUUCCACGUUCCAAAGCCAACUCUUGUGCCCCAUCCCCCUUGGUCUGAGGUUGGGGGGGCUUCAAGGCUUGGUUCCCGGGGGGGGGGGGCGCCCGUCCUGUCUCGAUGGGGCCCUAUGUUACCAUAUGGGGGCCCCCAGGUUCUGGGCCUUGUCUUCCUGCCUCGUCCCGCAGCUCUGCCAGAGGGGCCCGGGGGUGAAGCGUCCCAGGCCCUGCAGCUCCAGCGCACACUCUGCCCCUGACCUGCUGAGGCUGCAGUCCGAGGUCAGAGCUGCGGCAGGGGGCUUCCUCCUGGGGUUCCGCCUUGGUCUGCAGACAGCCACCUCCUCCCUGCGCCCCGACGUGGCCCUUCUUCUGCGCCUCUGUCCUAACCUCUGGUGAGGACACCAGCCCCGUGGGUUGGGGCCCACCCAGACGACCUCGUUUGAAUCACUUCUUUAAAGGCCACGUCACCCAAUACCAUCACUUUCUGAGGUCCUGGGGGGCAGAAGGUCCGCGUGCAAAUCUGGGGGAUCCAGUUCAGCCCACAGUGAGCACUGUGGGUGGCGGGGGGGCUCAUCACCGCACCCAUAAAGCAGCCUCCUGUCUGGGCCCAGCAGCUGCGCCCUGGAGACAGAUUCGCCGCAAGGUGCCAGUGCACGGCGCGGGAGCCCCGUCCCACCUCCCGCAUCCACCGCAGCAGAAAACAGGGAAGCGCAUUUACGGUUUAUGUGUAUUUCAAACCGCAUCACUACGCUGUGCGCUGGAAGCUAACACCGUGUAAAUCACCGUACUUCAAUACAAUUUGUUAAAGUUU